CUCAACUACCCUCACAACCACCCUCACAACCACUUCACAAUGCCUCGUCAACGAUCCGUCGGCCGCGCUCCUUCGCGCCCUACCGCCGCUGCUUCUGCUCCCAAGCCCCAGCAGACUCGACCUGCCGCCACCCAUGCUGCUCCCGCUGCUCACCCUCCUGCCCAGGCCAUGCCUCCUCAGGCUGCCGGUUCCCAGGGCCCUGGACUUUUUGGUCAAAUGGCCAGCACUGCUGCCGGUGUCGCUAUCGGUUCCUCAGUAGGCCAUGCCAUCGGUGGUAUGUUUGGUGGCUCCUCCGAGCCCGCUGGUCCCGUCCAGGCUCAAGCCGCCCCCCAAGAGCAGUCCUGGAACCAAAACAACUGCGCCGGUGUCGCUCAGAACUUUACAAAGUGCAUGGAUGACAACAACGGAAACAUGCAGAUCUGCAACUGGUACCUUGAGCAGCUCAAGGCUUGCCAGGCUGCUUCUGGCCAGUAAGCGUUGGGAAAUACGAAUAAUAGAACUUGAUAUCAUUAUGGGAAAGGAAACAACAUCGGGGAUAAAUCCCCUGGCAGCGUGCGUGCUAAUAGAGACUCGGCGAGAAUACUGUUGCAUCUCGGCACAACCAAUUGUAUAAUACAAAACAAGAUCUCACUCAACCCACAAAUUGGGAACUCAA